UACUCAUUUCACAUUUGUCAGUUGCGCUGCAGUUGGCCAGUUGGGCACUUGAGAGUUGAGACUUGAUUGUUGACUUUUGAGAGUGUUCUUCUAACCUAGAAAAAUAUAAUCUCGGUGCUGAAAAUUGCUGAAAAUAUGUACUCUACUAGCUCUCCUAACUACGCUGAUAAAACAAAAGAUCAUAAUUGGAUCAGAAUUGACAAUAUUGGAAAAAAUACCAAUUUUGUCGAUAUUUAUGCUUUACUCAGACCGAUUGGUGAUAUUUCUAACCAUUACAAGGAUAUUGUAAAUAACUGUAUAUUUGUUCGUAUGGAAAAUUUUGAUAAAAGCAAAAAAUUCAAUGGAACUAUACUUGUAGAUACUACAAUAAAAAUUACAGCAGUGCCACACAUAACAACUAUUAAAGUCCGUAAUGUGCCACAAAAUAUCACUGACAAUGAUUUAAAAAAAGCUUUCUCAUACUUCGGAUAUGUUGAAAAAGCCUAUGUUCAUCUUGAUUAUGACGGUGUUCCCAGAGGAAAAGGCACCGUUGUCUUCAAAGAUUUGGAAUCAGUCGCAGUUUCUGUAGCAGCUUGUACUGAAUACGAUUUUUUCUUGCACGAAUCAUGUAUUGUACCACUAAAAGUCACACGUGUCAAAAAAAAUGAAACAGAGGUCCAAAUAAAUGAUGAUAUUAAUAAUGACUUCGUUAUUAAUCCAUUUUUUGCCAGACGAAAUGGUGCACGUGAUUUUGAUGGUCUUGAUGAUGUUGAUGAAAACAACAAAGAAGCUCUUGAACAACUAAAAAAACAGUCUCAAAUCAAAGUUAAAGAAGAAGUUGAGUCCUUGGUGAAAAAAACCUGGCGGAGUCUACAUCCACCUGCAGUCUAAAUCUGUAAGAAUUAUUCAAUUUAAUUGAUAACCAAAAAUUGAGGCAACUAAAAUGAACAUAAUGAAAAAACAUUAUCAACAUUAUAACUCAGUACUUUCUUCUUUUAAAAUCGUCUUGAACGUUUCAACUCAUUCAGCAUCAAUUUCAACAGUUUCCAUAUUUCAAGUUAUUCUCAGUUAUUCUAUAAAAAAAAAAAUAUAUCAAUUAUUUACUUAAUUAAUAAUAUGUUAUUGAUUAUUUAUUAUUUCAGUAAAUCAAUAACAGGUUAAUUAAAUUCUCAUAAACCUCAAAUAAUUAUAAAUGCCAUCUGUAUAAAAUAAACAAAUUUCGUUUAAUUCAA